UCGGUGUAGCAGAAGUAUUAAAACUUGUGAAGGGUGAUAGGAAGCUCAGAGCAUGAAAAAGCGCAGUUGUCCAAACUUACCGCAUGGUCGUAAGACAAACUAUGCUGAAGACACUUGUCGGUUUCUUUUGAACGGCUUUAGAUACUUUGCGUCCAGAGCGCACUCCGGGUUUGUUUUCAGUCGAACCGGCAGUUGAACCGCAGGCUGCUCGUUUUGAAGACGUUACCGGGACUUCACGGAUCUCCGAACCGGAGACAUGCGCUUUGUGGACAAAGUACUCGCAGAGUGCUGAACCGAGACACAGACGCCAGUAACUUUGAAACAGUUUUCAUCGUAUUUAAGACUCUGAACUGUCAAAGAGUUGCAAACUGCAGGAUUUUCUUGAGCAAUUAAAAGUUGCAUGGACACAGACUUGGCUAUGGUGGAGCAAACGAACAGCACCGGCGACUCCACUGAUUCGGGGGAGAUGGACUUAGACAUGGACACCUCUCCGACUCCCGGCUCCCCAAACUCAACUGGGGAUAAAAUGGACAUCGCGUGGUGCAAGACCCCAUCCGGGCAUAUCAAGAGGCCGAUGAACGCGUUCAUGGUUUGGUCGCAGAUAGAAAGGCGCAAGAUUAUGGAGCAGUCGCCGGACAUGCACAACGCGGAGAUCUCCAAGAGACUCGGCAAACGCUGGAAACUUUUAAAAGACAGCGACAAGAUCCCCUUCAUCCGCGAGGCCGAGCGUCUGCGGCUCAAGCACAUGGCAGACUAUCCAGACUACAAAUAUCGACCCAGGAAGAAGGUGAAAUCGUCCAGCGGCAAAACCGGAGAAAAGGGCGAGCGCGUCGUCGGCAGCCCGGGCGCGAAGUCCGCAUCCAAAAAGAGCUCCAAAACUCUCAGCAGGACGCACAGAAAGUCUGAGCUGCCCUCCCACUCCGUACCUGCAGACCACCACGCGCUCUACAAAUCCAGGUCGGCGUCCGCCGCCAAGCAAAUUCCCGACAAACCAGCAAAGCGCGGGCAUGUGUUCGGAGUAUGCAGCACUGACAGCAGUCCGCCCUCCGUCGCUGUGCCCGCCAGUCCCACUUUGAGCAGCUCAGCGGAGUCCAGUGACCCGUUCAGCCUGUAUGAGGACGGGCACGCCAACGGAAAAGACAAAUACAACCGCGCACCGUCCCCAACGCCCUCCGCGUCGCACUCAUCCUCCUCGCAGUCCUCCUCGUCGGAUGAGGAGUUCGAGGACGAGCUGGCGGACCCCAGUCCCGGCUUUGACAGCUUCAGCACCUUUGGCACUGCGCCCCUGGACAGAGAUUUGGAGUUCAAUUUUGAGUCGGGCUCUGGCUCGCACUUUGAGUUCCCCGAUUACUGCACACCAGAGGUGAGCGAAAUGAUAUCAGGUGACUGGCUCGAAUCGACUAUAUCAAACUUGGUAUUCACUUAUUGAACUAAUAUUAAAUCUGAUUGAAAAGACAGAUUGAAAUUUGUCGUAAAGACGGAGGGCUGAUAAAGUCCUCUGAGACGAUCGAGUCGGACAACGAGUCAACGACACGAUUCCUCCUGUUUAUCACGCAUCAGAUACUGUGGGUUUUCGUUAUCCACUGAUACGAGUGCGGAUGAAAGUGCUUAGCUUGCUCGUUUGGUGCUGGAAGGAGCGACUUAUUGACGCGCGCUUUGGAGAAGGAGAAGACAUAGCGCGGAGGUGAAGUUCAAGUUUUCCACCCGCUCAAACUUAAAAUGGGACGUUUAUAAAACAGUCUGAUGAAAUGCUUGUUUUGGAGAAGGUACUGAAUGGAGAAAAGGUUGUUUUAUAGGUCUGUCAGACCAGAAUCGCAUGCUUUCAUUACGAUGUAAACGCGCAAGUCUGUUCAGAUGCGUGAAUGGUGUUGGUUCAUUGACACAGAACGGCAGCGCUUUAUCAGACGCAAAAAGAAACACAAUCACCAGCUUUUCUGUCCACAUGACAUCAGGAUUCAAACGCAACUCAGAUGAUUCAACUCUUUACACUACAAAUCAGGACCAAAAUACAUCAGAGGAGCGUUCUCUCUCUUUUAAUUUCCCAUUCUCUCUUUCUCUCCCAAGUAACUUUUCCGUGUUAGCAUUUUUACAUCGAUGUAUUUAUAAUAGCCCAACCCCUCUCUCUCUCUCUCUCUCCUUUCAGUUGUGUUCUAGUCAGUCUGUUGUGUGUAUAGCCUACAGUACACAUGCACAUGUCCGUCUUUGUCACGGAAGGGCUAGACUCGUUUCGUAUUUAACUGAUCUCUCAUAUGGAAAGGAGAUUAAAUGUUUCAUUAUUUUCUAAGUGUAUUUUUGUACAAAAUAUAUCGAGGGGGUGUCAAUCGGUGAAUAUCGCUGUUUGGAUUUCCGAUUUUUUAAACCAGGGGGUUGGGUUGUCUCAAAAAUCUGCCCCCUACACAUGUUUACAGUGUCAAUCCACAGGCUUCUUAAAGAGACAGUGUCUGAAUUUCAACGACCAAUCAACAUUGGCCUACCAUGCGCGCCGUUGUAUGUAGCUGCAGCGACGUCUGCAUUUUAUUACGUCCUUAUUGGGGAUGCUGUACCUUUUGAAUACCAAUUUCUUCGUGCUUUUAUAUUGACACGUUUCGGUUUUAACCACUGGAUGGAAUUACAGAUACGUCGAAAUGCCUCUAAGUUCAUGAACAAUGAAGUACGUCUUCGCUCCACAAUUGUACAAGGAUAUUUAAUCUUUUCUACUUGUUGGCUAAAUGUAGCUAAUUGUUUUAGUAUAUUAUGGCAUGGCAAAUAGCAUUUUGUAUUUCUGAAUUCAGGUUUAUAGAGCAGUUGUGUUUAAGGCAAAGGGUCAACAUGAAGAUUUCUAUGUACAUUGACUGUAAAAUAAGUAAAAGAGUGCGUGUUUAUGUCUGACGAUGAUAUAUCAUGACAGGAGCAAGAACAUAUACCUUUAUACAUUCCUAUGUUUAAGAGUGUUGUCUAUGAGUUUCGGAUUAUAUAGAUAUGUUUUAUUGUUUCAUUUUGUGCAAUAUGCUGUGUACAAUAUUGUUUUGUCUUGCCAUACCAUAUCUCAACAUUUGAGUAGUGAACUCAAAAGCCAGCCAAUUGUGUCAAGUCACUGCCUGUCAGACCUCUGUACAGAACUUUGUCUUUUUUCCAAGAAGGAAAUAAAAUCAGCUGGAACUGAAA